UUAUUGUCUUUUAGUUUCCUUAUCUAGUUUCGUUGUCUUCCUCAUCAGAAUUAACUAAUUAAUAAAAUACUUUUUUUUUCAUUUUUCUAUGGAACCCAUCUCUGUGUAAGGGCAUUGAGACCUCUCCAACUCUCCCAUGGACUCACGAAGUGAAAGACAGAUUCUUUUCCGACAAAACAUGGGAGAUUUCGAGAACAACAAAGCUCCUGUUAUGUCUGAAGCCCAACGAUCCACGCCUAUUAAGGUUAACAAAGGAGGAGAGCAUCAGUAUCGCUGCAAGUCAUGCGGCGAAGGAAGCAGCUGCAGGACAGUGAGGUCGAGAACGAAGCUGAUGAACGUUCUGAUAGAACGCGGACGUCCCCACGAGGCGCAGACUUUCAAAACCUUGUCAGAGACAGGACACAGACCGUCUCUGAUCGCUUACACAACUCUCUUAGCCGCGAUGACGGUGCAGAAGCAGUACGGUUCCAUAACCUCUAUAGUCUCCGAGGUGGAACGGAGCGGGACAAAGCCCGACUCCAUCUUCUUCAACGCGGUGAUCAACGCUUACUCCGAGUCAGGUAACGUCGAAGAAGCCGUGCAGGCGCUGCUGAAGAUGAAGGGGCUUGGUCUGAACCCGACCACGAGCACUUACAACACUUUGAUCAAAGGGUAUGGGAUCGCGGGGCGGCCUGAGAGAUCGUCAGAGCUGCUGGAACUGAUGCUGGAGGAGGAUAGUGUUGAUGUGAGGCCGAAUGUGAGGACGUUCAACGUGCUGGUGCAAGCGUGGUGCAAGAAGAAGAAGGUGGAGGAGGCGUGGAGAGUGGUGGAUAAGAUGGAGGAGUGUGGUGUUGAGGCGGACGCGGUUACUUAUAACACGAUCGCGACUUGUUAUGUGCAGAGAGGAGAGACGGAGAGGGCUGAGAGAGAGGUGGUUGAGAAGAUGGGUAGACCGAAUGGGAGGACGUGUGGGAUAGUGGUGGGAGGGUAUUGUAGAGAAGGGAGGGUGAGAGGUUUGAGGUUCGUGAGGAGGAUGAAGGAGAUGGGAGUUGAAGCGAAUCUUGUUGUCUUUAAUUCGUUGAUCAAAGGCUUCGUUGAGGUCAUGGACCGUGGUGGCAUCGAUGAGGUUCUUACAUUGAUGAAGGAGUGUAAGGUGAAGGCAGAUGUAAUCACAUACAGCACU